AAGAGUAAUUAAACACAUGCCGUGGAUUAUAGUAUACGCUAAGACGGAGAGUUUCUCUGUUCCAAAAUUAGACAUCCACAGCUCAGGCACUCAGCUUACGCUCUCGCACGUGCAUCGAUAACCCGCGCUCACUGACCAGGAAUAGAUGUCCAAGGAUUCUGUCUAAUACCAAAAUUCAGAGUCUGUGUGAAGAACUCCCGUGGAAAGAUUCCGACACACGUGUGAAUCACAGUGCAGCAGCGCACACGCUACACCAUGUAGAAUAUCUGACUUCAGGUAUAUGAUGGAGUCCACGGACGAUGCACACAUUGCUUUCCAGAAGUUCUCGUCCGGAGACUACGAGAGCGCUGAAUCUGUGUACGCUAAACUGCUGGAAGCGGACAGUCAAAACACGGAAUACCUCGCACACAGAGCAGAAUGCAAUUUCAAACUUUCAAAUUUUCAAAAUUGUCUAGAUGACGUUAAAUGUUUGAUGUCACUGGAUCCAACCAAUCAUCUGAACAUAUUCAUAACAGGCGGGAGAGCGGCAACAAAACUAGGAAAAUAUGAAGAGGCGUAUCACUGCUACAAGGCUGGGCUGAAAAUCGACUCUAAAAACUCGGAAAUCACGGAGGACCUCAAAGAACUGCAGAAAAUAAUAAUCAAAGAUGUAGAGAAAAAGGCAGCCUCAUACGAGGAGAAGGGUUACAAAGCCGUGGACUUUUGUGCACAAGACCCAUAUCCCGGUGAUGUGGACUUAUUCAAAAUGGAGGUGGAAAUUUUGGAAAAGAAGUUUAAAAUCAAAAGUGAAGCAUUCCCCCAGAAACCAUUUAAUGAUCUCAUUCAACAAAAGGUGGCAAGCGCUGCAAUGGCGGGGCACAACUGUAUGUUGGAUCAGAAAUGGAAAGAGGCACAGAAAUGCUUUACUGUGGCCCUGGAAUUGGACCCUAGCAAUCACGUGAUUCGGCGACUCCGCGCAGAAGCGAGUAACAACCGGGAGGAACUGGCGGCUACACUCCAGGAUCUCUGGCUGAUUCCGAAAAUAAAACGAACACCGGACACAUGGAAACUCGGAGGUAAAAUUCUGAUGAAGUUAGAUUUGAUAGUUCUUGCUGAAUUCUGGUUCCGAAAAGCAACACAAGCAACAUCGGGAAAGGACGAAGAGACGAAAAUUCUGUUCCAAAAAUGUCGAGUCAAGCGAUUGUACGGUCCACUGGCAGCUGACUUCCCCAUUAAAGUGGACUUUACCGAGUAUGGACGGGCGAUAUACGCCACGGAAGACAUCUCGGCGGGCGACAUCGUCUUUACUGACGCGCCAAUCGUCUUGGGCCAGGUAUUCGACACCGUGCAUUACAAAACCAGUAUUCAGUCAUGUGAUCACUGCGCCCAGUCACUGCUUUCACCGCAAGAGUAUUUCAAGGAGACCUUUUCUACCAUGGACACCGAAUUGCGAGACAUUGUAUUCAAAUAUUGGCCGAACACAACUCCAAUUUACUGCAAAAAGUGCAAAGCGGUAAAAUACUGCAGCAAGGAAUGUAAAGAACAGGCGUGGAAUACAUACCACGAAAUCAUAUGUCCCUCCAGGUCAAACGCUACAGCGAGACUGCUCAAGAUAUCACAAAACCUCGGCAAAGAAACAGACGAACACGGCGACACUGUUGAGGUCUGGGAUGGGCACUUCAGCCCAUUGAUCCUUGCUCGGAUAUGGGCGAGUAUUGCUACAGCAGCGAAGUCCAUGGCUCGGGAAAGCGGAAAUAUCAUCCCAACCAAAGAACAGUGGGCUGUUGCAAAGAGUCCCUACAGAAAAUUUAUCGCCUAUGGGAAUAUUUCUGUAGAAAAGGAGCAGAAAGUCAUGAAAUCUUUAUUCAAAGAAAUCUUCGCUGAUUGUGGAGAUGGAGUCAGCUAUGAAAUUACUGAUUCUGAAUUCAAUGGACGUUAUUAUCAAGCCGUCUGCAACCUGCAGGUCUUCUCAUCACCGUGGACACCAUACCAUAAAUUCCUCGAGGAGCUAGGCUCAACCGAGCAGGAGGAAGACCGCACGCUUAGACUUUUAAAAUACUUGAAAGACAAGCCACUUCCAUCCAAUGUUUGUGGGAUGUUUCCUUUACACGCAUGCCUGAACCAUUCCUGUCUCAACAAUGUUGAGGUAUCCGACGGUUUGGUUCACGGAAAAGGGGGCGUAACUGUUAGAGCGAAGAGGGAUAUCCAAAAAGGAGAAGAGAUAUUCACUACCUACAUUGACACGGCCAUGCCGCGAAAACUCCGGAGAGCGUGGCUUUACAAGUCCUUCAAUUUCUGGUGCAGAUGUCUCCGAUGUCACGUGGAAGGGGAUGACCCAGAAGUCUGUACAAAAUGCGGCAAGAAGGCACCAGAAGGAAAGAAGUUCCCCGGAUGUGGAAAGUGCAUGAAGGCGUGGUACUGCUCCGUGGCUUGUCAGAAGAGUGCGUGGAAAUUAGGUCACAAGACGGCAUGUACAACAGAACACUCUAAAACCUCAUACGGGUGAAAUUCAAUUUCGUGUACCAGAUUGGAAAAAAGAUAUUAUUUUCGAUUGAUUUUGUUUUUAAAAACUGCUACAGAAAUGCGCUGGCAAAAAUAAAAGGAUAUAUAUAAUUCCAA